AUGCAAGUCGCCGUAAAGUUCAACGACCACAAGCCUCACAUUCAGCAGCACAACACGGAGUUUCACGAAGACCACAAGCACUACUCAAAGCCAAACUUCCUCAAGUUCUCUGGCUUUGUAGGUAUUUUAAGGUUCGAUCACCAAGACGUGGACCAGAAGCAGCACAAUGACUACCAGCAGCACCACGACCAGCCAGACAAGCGUCACAAAGACAAUCAGUACAUCCACUUCGGGUACCACCACGGUAGCAGCAUCACUGCAACAUCCAGCAGCACAAGCAUUACAAUGACGACCACAUCACUGACGGAGACUAGCAGCAGCAGCUCAAUGACCAGCACCUCUAGUAGCGUCACCAGCACCGUCACCUGCGGAUGCUGCAGCAGCUGUUUGGGCUGGGCCAUGAUGAUAGGUUGCGGUUCCUUUGAUUUGUGUCAGCGUCAACUCGAGGAGUGCCAGGCAGCAUCAUUGACAUGUCAAGGCAAUCUUCAAGGAUACCAGAUUGGACUCGAGCAAUGCAGGAACCGUGAAGCCUUUCUGGAUGCGACGGUUGCUUCUCUCACAUCCCAACUGAGCUCACAGAACUGUACCGGUUUCGUUGCAGAGGACGAUUCUGAAACGGCCCUGUGGCUGCUUGUGAUCCUAGUCGUUUUGUUGAUUUUGGCUCUGGUCCUUCUGUUGAUACUUUGCUGGCGACUUCGCAGUAAACAUCAAGCAACAAAGGAGCAGCUUGCACACUGCCAGGAUGAACUAUUCACGCGACCUCAAACAUCAAAGCAGGAAAAGCAGGAGCCAGGCUUGCAGCGACAGAUGCGGAAACUCCAACGUGAACUCGAUGAUGCAAACCAAAAGCUCGCUGCAAAGGCUGCGAUGGAGUUCAAGCUGCAAGAAAUGCAGGAACGACUUGGCAAGGAGGAGGAAAAUGUUCGACGAGGUCAAGAGCUAUGGAAGUUGAACAAAUCCAUGUACAGCAUUCUUCGUCAGGUCGUCCAGGAUUCGCGAGACUUCGCACAGGGUGUCCGCGACGCUGGCGAGAAGGCUCCGGCUGUCAAGCAGAGGAUCGAACAAUUCGAGGCCAAGUUGGCCAUCAGCUCGGGCCGUAGAGAUGCAGCUGAGGCAGAACUGGCAAUGCUCAAAAAUGAGGGCGCUGGUCGUGGACAACCUUCCGAGGUGGAUACGACCUGUGUGACUUGA